ACUUUCAAAGUUUUUGUCGACAUUUUAUUAUAACCAAUUUUCAAGUAUUGAUACGUGCUUUGAUUGCGUCAUGUAAACGUAUAGUUAUAUGUUAUAGCUUCUAUUAUCUCGAAAUUCAUUGCGAUUCGUGAUUUAGAAGCUUUGUUCAUCCAAAUAUUGGUAAAAAUCGUUAUGGAUGGUACAUAACAGAAAGCCAAAAUGGAUGGUGAAGGUGAAGAUUUCAAUCUCCACUGGGAGGAGGAGGAAGUUGAGUCAAAGCACAUCCCUGGUGUAGUGGCUUCUGAGGUCAUCUGUGGCUUAGAUAAUGUGCAAGCUGGUUCUUACUCCAAUAUGAGCUCAGAAGUAAUCAUACAAGACACAGAUCAGAUAGCAGCAGAGAAUCUGAUGUUCUUGUCUCAGGAUGUAGUUAGUUAUACGGAUGCUGCCGAGUUGGCUGUGGAUCCCAGUGUGGAGUGCGUUACGGAGGAGGUGAUUACAGAUGAUUGGACUGAGGGGCAGGACAGUUUGUAUAAUUUCAGAGUGGAGGUUCCAUUGGAGCAUUUUACAAACCCGGUAUUAGACAUAAAAGAGGAAAAUGACAUUGACGUCCCGCUUCCAACAGAUCAGGACCAGUACACAGCAAUGCGACCGUGGCCAUGCGACUUCUGCUCACGGCGGUUCCGCAAGAAAGCCGCCCUGAUGAACCACAUGGUGGCCCACCAGAACGACCGCCCCCACGCCUGCAACCUUUGUGGGGUGCGCUACGUGCGCAAGUGCGAUCUGAUGAACCAUCUCAAGGUGCACGCUAUGGUGCCCGACAACGCGGACCCGGUGGACUACGAGGACGUGUUAGAUAACAGUCUAGCAAUAAAACCAAAGAAAAAGCGAGGAAGACGAAAAAAGAAUCCCGCGCCAGUGCCUGAAGAAAACGGAGACGUAUGGGAGAACAUGACCUCAGCACGCACCAUGCAAUGGUCCCGCCGCGGGCGCUCUCCAGCGAGACCCCCGCGAUCCCCACCACCGCUGCCGUCGCCGUCGCCGCCAUCAGAGCCAGAACCCUGCCCGCCGCCAGCUGAUCCAAGCCGACCCUUUGUCUGUAGGCAUUGUGGGGUCGGCUUCGCUAGGGAGAAGGCGUUGCAGUCACACUCUAGGAUACACGGUGGAGACUCGCCGAUAGAGUGCGGUACGUGCGGCGAGCUGUGCUGGUCGCGCGAGGCGCUGGCCACGCAUGCGCGUCAGCGGCACCCGCACCAGCCGCCGCAGCAGCCAACCAGGGAGCCCUACGACUCCAACUCGGGUGACGACGACAUGGAAUACCAGCUGUCGCCGCUAGCCGACAGCGGGAGCGAGCGAGCCGUGUACGACACGCAGCGAGGCCCCGAGCUGUUCUGUCAAGAUUGCGGCGUCGCCUUCCAGCGGGCCGACCUGCUGCGUCGGCAUCAGGCUGCCGCACACAGUCACAAACGGCACGACAGUUCGUCGUCGACGUGGGCGGAGCACUCGUGCGACGUGUGCGGCGAGACGUGCGCGGACGCGCUGCAGCUGCUCGCGCACGCGGAGCGCCACGCCGACCGCCCCGCGUCCUCCAGGUUCAAGAAGAUGUCACGGGGAAGAAAUAACACGUCCUCGAGUGGUUCGCGGCAAUUCCCCUGCAGAGAGUGCGGCAAAGUAUUCGGCUCGCGCAGCUCCCAACAAAUCCACAUCCGAAUACAUACCGGCGAGCGGCCCUACGCCUGCCGGUUCUGCUGGAAGGCCUUCGCGGACGGCGGCACUCUGAGGAAACACGAGCGUAUACAUACGGGCGAGAAGCCGUACGCGUGCGCGGUGUGCCCGCGCGCGUUCAACCAGCGCGUGGUGCUGCGCGAGCACGUGCGCAGCCACCACUCCGCGCCCGACCGCCGCGCCAACGGUGGUCCCUCGUUUUGCUGUGUGGUCUGCGGUCGUACGCUACACUCCAGUGCCGAGCUGGUGCAGCACCUUAUUCAGCACUGCGACGCCAACACUGCGCUCAAGCGCCAGCCGCAGACCGGUCCCCGCAAAUACAAGCGGCGACGGAAAAUCAAGUCGGAGCUGUCCCCGCGGCACUCUUGGGAGCGCGGCUCCCCGUCCCCCCUGCGCUCCCCGUCCCCCUCCCUCGCGGCCUCCCCCUCCCCCUCCCCCACCGCCGCGGCCGCCCCCGCCACGCCGCCGCGCCGCCGCCGCCGCGCGCCGCCCCCGCGCCCCAAGAUGAUACACACCGAGCCGCGCCGCGCCAAACCCAAACCCAAACAGGUCCGAGGGCGACGGCCGCCGCGGCACCCGGCCGACGACCUGCGCGCCAUCGCGCCGCGCUCCCCCACGCCCUCCCCCGAGCCCGCCCCUGCACCUCCCACACCCUCCCCGCCCCUCAAACAAUCCCCACCCUCUUCCCCGCUAGCCUCACCUCAGGAAGGCGGCCCGUUCAAGUGCGAAAUGUGCGCCGAAGAAUUCCCCCGCCGCGAUGCGUUACUACUACACGUUCCGGUGCAUAUAUGACGCAGUCGACCGAAGCGGCAGAGGCCGCGACUAUCGCGCGAGAAAAGAGCCUGAAGAGACAAGUGAGCGAGCCAACAGCUGUGAGUCUCUGAUAUGUGUAAAUUUUAGUUUAUCAUACAUCUGUGAUGGUUGCGCGAUGGAGAUGUAAAUGUAAACCGUUCUCUUUCAGAUACCUAUCAAUAGACAAUUAGAUGAAAAUAGCCACAUGUCGCUGGCCGAUUAACGCGGCCAUAAGUUAUGGUCAGUUGUAACGACCUUAUAAAUCGUAUGAAUAAGAAGAUUCAGGGUCCUACAACUGGAUACCUAAAGGUCUAAAAUUUAUCGAAAUAAAUAAUCUGCUCUGUACAUGGUCACCGAGUUAGAUUUGCCGUUACUUGGUAAUCUUCCCUCCAUCCAUCCAUCUUGCCUUUGAAGUGGCAGGAUCCGGUUCCCGUACAAUUUACGUCAUUUAAAUUUUAUUAUUUAAAAUAAAAUCGAAAUUCCAACAACUCAAAAUGACGUAUGCCACUUGAAAGAACUCAAGUACCUAGUCGAAGACUGAUAUCGCUUCGCAAUAAUUUAGCGGUUAUACAGAUAUACAGAUCUUUAUUGGUAAAAUAAAAUAAAAUACAUUUUACAAGUCACUCGGUUCUUAAAAAUAAAAUAAAAAUAAAAUUAUUAUUCUCAAUAAUAAGUUGAUUUAAAUAUUUAGAGGAAGUUACGAUAUGGAAUCAAGUAAGCCUUUUCUACAUAUAACGAUUUUAGGUUUUUGUUAAAUAUUGUGUCACUUUUCGAUUCUUUUAUAUCGGUCGGUACUGAGUACCGGUCGGUAUACCCUAUAAUAGCCGUGUUUUAUGAUUAGAUUGCCAUCUGAACGCGUGCGACAAGGAUAGUCAGAGUUGACUGUGCACGCAUACAAUGAGAUAGCCUUAGAACCUCUUGGCAUUCCAGUCAUGAUUGUGUUCUAGUAAAAACAUGUGUCUUUCAUGCGAAAAAGGACCUUGUGUGUAGGAAGCAUAUUGACAUAAGCGCCUGUAGCACAAGACUUUUUUUCUAAGAUCAACCCAAAUAGCCAUCUAUGUAUAAUGUAUAUAGAUAGAGUAAUAUUAGACCCUAUUAAAUCUAUGUUUCAGCCGCGAUCGGUUACAAUAAUUAAGGGUUAUUUAACAAUAGUUGAAAAUUAGUUAUAUAUCGUGCACGAAUAUUCUGAACAAGUAGUUGAAAAAGGUGUGCUUAUAUUUUCUAUCUCUCUCGCAUUUUCAAGUCUCUGCCUAAAUUACUGUCAGUCUUAUGGAAAAAUAGUAAUUACUUAUAAGUCACUGUCAAUUCAUAAAAUAAUAAUGUGUAAAUAAAUAGCUGAAAUAAAGUAAAGUGAAUCUCCUUUAUUUCCAAAAUGAAUGUAAUAGUGACAGAAAUGUGGCGGUCUUAUACAAAUUGUAAGAUAUUUGAUAAAUUUAAAAGCUGGACUUAGUGUGUGACAUAUCUAUUUAAGAAACUGAAUACAGCAUAAUUCAUAUUGGACCACAACAUAACAAGAUUGAUAAUCCUAGUGUCAUGUUGUUACGCGGUUUUUUUUUUACAUCUAAGAGGUAUUAGGCCCUUGGUCAGCAAAAGGUAAAGUACUCUACGGUACAAAAACGUAGAAUCUUGUUUUAUCUCUUGAGGUAGAAAUGUAUGCCGUACCGUAUAGUAAAACGCUACUACGGCUUACGGCGGGUUUUAUCAAUGAUAAAUUUAUAAAUGUGUGUGCAAACUGCACUAACGGGUAUUUACCGAGUAAUUCAUUAAUAGGCAAAUUGGUGGCUACAUCGCUUAUCAUUGUCACAAUUUCUUUACCAGCAGUAAAUGGUCUAGUGAAACUCUGAAGGACACUGACAGUCUUAAUAAAUUACUUGUACAUGAUUGGAUGUAAGUGCCUGCUAUCGCCUUGUGAUAUUGGGAUUGAGUAAUCCCAAAGAUCGAGAAUCGAGACUCCUGGGACCUUUUUUUUAUAAAUGCCUAUAACACAAGCGAGUCAUUUUCUAACAAAAAGAAAAAAGACUCGCGUAUAUUACAGGUGUUUAUAAAAUGAUCCCAUACCGUCUUUAUGAUACUAGAUUGUACGAGUGUUUGUGGAUCUGUUGAUCGUUGUAGUGCAUGAUUCUAGCCUUUUCUAUCUAUCUAAUUGUAAGGUAUGAAAUAUGAAUCGAUACAUAUACAGUUGUUUCCCAUUAUUUCCGUUAGUUGGUAGAAUGUGUCAUGACUCGGCCAAAAUACGAUGAAUAAGUCUUAUUAGAACUCCUUUACGGCCCGGCCACGACAUUGCGCGCGCGCAACCAUGGGUGGGAACGAAAGGUUCGAUCGCUGUGUCUCGGUCCAACCUACGCUUGCCGCCGCCGCCGCCCGUCGCGCAAUGUCGUGGCUGGGCCGUAACACCCCUUAAACGUGUUGUGCCCAACCAAAAGGAUCAUUUGAGUGACUGGCAUGCAGAUGUCAUAGAAAUCUUCAUUGAUUUGACACCUUGUUCCUUUUGCUUGGGAAUUAGACAAAUAGGAAAUGUGUGGUUUAUGAUAAACUGUCAAUUGUUGUAAAUAUUAUAUUAGAUUAGAAACUGAGGAGAGCUCGAGGCUAGAAUUUUGGAACUAAUAGUUCUGGGACAUUUACUUAUCGUGACAUUGAAUGAUUAUGUUUGUCUGUUUGUAACACUGUUGCCUAUAUUACUAAGACUCCAUAUUAUGUUGUCGUAUUGAUUGUAUGUUGUAUUUUAUUAAUGGACUGAUUUAUAGAUUAGACGAAACUGUACAUAAGUGUGUACUUGUGUAGUUAGUUUGCAAUAUUAUACUUUGUUUAGUACAAAAUGGUGUAUGUUUUGGGGUUCUUUAACAGUUUAUAUUUGCUUUUUUGUGAUAUAGCCAUAAAUAACUGGUGGUUUAUGUAUGUGCCAUAGGAGGUUGGCAUCAGACACCUACAAUGUAAUAUUAUAACAUUAUUAUCAAAAAUCAAUAAAUAAUGGUGCAAUACAUUCCCCAAAAAUGUUUAAUAACCAAUGUGUUAGCAAUGUUUUAAUUUUUUAAAUACACAAAAUAAGUUUAUUAGUAUUUUAUGGUAUUUUCUUCAAAAUUUUAAGAACUUGUUUCAAUCAUGUUUUUUAAUGCAGAAUAUUUUAUGAAAUUUCAUAAAUAAAACCGUUGCAAUUUUUCUUAGCUUUUUAAUUAUUUUAUAUAAGUAUCACCCAUUUAUUUCAACAUCCAUAUACAUCACUGAUUGUCAUGAACAUAACCAAAUGUAACUUGUCUUAAUAUAUGUUGUAUACCUAAGCAAUAAAAUAAAACAGUCCA